AUGGUAAGAUUUCUUGCUUUCAGUAUCAUGUCAGUGAUAAAUAUAAUUUAAUAAUCAACCACACAACCUGUAAAAUAUCAAAGGAAGCACGCCUUCACCAAGCAAACAUAGUUCGUUUUAGAAUCGGAAUCAGCGGCAGUUUUUGUGACAUAUGGGUUGAUCUUUGCACGCUUAAAGAUGGAAACGGUUCCUAUCUUAUGUUUUGUUAAAAUCUUAUCUAUUACUCCUUCCUGGAGAUCCAGGGGUAGUCGGUCGGGUCGGAACAAAACGUUUUCAAGCACGAGCGGACGUGGAUUAGGGCUCCUCCUCCCGUGCUUUCACGCGCCGUCAUUUGUCUCGACCCUACUGGUAUACUGCCGUUGGGUCUCCGAGGAUUAUUUUUUCCAGAAUCUUUACUUUAUUUUCAUUUCGUCUCAUUUUAGGCUUCAUGUGCUAUUUCCGUCGCUAUAUUGAGAUUCAUGCGGGACAUGCCAGAACCAAAAGUCAUCGAAGAAGCAAAUCAGGUCACAUUUCACUCAUGAUUUGAUGUCAGAUUCCAGUAGCCUCGCACCAUUUUAAAAACUCUUACUUCAUUGAACACCUCUUUAGCAGCUCUUAUAUAGAGCUGCUAGGUGCCUCAUUAAUUUUAAGAAAAAGCUUUCCACAAGUUAUCCGAAAGCUUGAGUACGCUAAACUCUUUGGUUAGAAGCAAUUAGAAUAAUCUUAGUGAAAUGAUCUUGUGCUAUAAGGAACUCAGACAAGCUAUGGAAGCAUAACACAAUAAUGGCGGUCUGAUUAGCUUACUGACGCAGACAGAGAUGUCAAUCCAAAAAACCUGAAAAACUGGAGUAGGCGCCCAAAAACCGUUUAGAUUAACAAAUUCUAUGACGUAUGAAGAGCUUGUCGAAGAUAUAUUUGGAUAAGAACAUCGUGUUUUUCGUCAAUGUUUUGCAACAUUACAAAGUUGGCGACCAAACGGUUUUGGAGAUCAGAGCCUAAAGUUGGAGGUAAAUAAGUAGGAUGAUAUGGCAAAAACAGAGUUGGAACCCAUUGGGUGUUUCCUUAAUUUCAUUUUCUGAGGUGCAGGUUGCAUAUAAUCGCGAUACGAUUUAAAUGUGUGAGUAAUAAAACAGUAUCUAAUUUAUCCUUUAACAGAAUUCAGGAGAAAGUGAGAUGAACAUAUCGAACAUGAAAGCAUAUUCUUCUGGUUCCACUUUCAAGAGGAAGAUUAUCUCUGAAAAGGUAGUAUAAAAAUAAAAACAAUAGUAUUAAAGUAAAGUAAAACCCUAGCCUGUGUACAAACUAUUGUAGGUCUAUUGUAGGUCAAUAGACCACACCUUAUUCCAAAAUGACGACAGUGCGUUCUUUUAUGUUUAUCUUAGUUAGACCCGUUGCCUCGGAUUGCACCUUAGAAUUCAAAAGAAAGUUUAUCUUCAAACGAGGCGCCUUAAGCCAAUUACGUUAAGACAAAAGAACAGCAAAAUUUGCGGAAGCUUUAAAAUAAGGUGUAUCAUCAUCAUCAUCAAGUCUCAUCGCAUAAGGCCUCCACACUGUCUGACCAACACUUUCUGUCUUGUGCGACCACUUUGGCUACUUCCCAGGUCUUCCACCCAGCUUUGUUUCGUUCUUUCUCGACUGUCCUUCUCCAAGUAGUUUUUGGUCUUCCUCUUGCCCUCCGACCUUCCGGAAGUCCAGCCUAAUGCUGUAAAGCAGUCGUUCUCACCUUCUCUCCUCAGUAUGUGACCUAGCCAGUUCCACCUACUUCGUCGCACUUCGCAGCUUGUCAUUGAUCUAACUAACCACUCUCUCGUUUGUCAUUAGGGCCAUUUAUACGAGGAAAAAUAAGACGCGAACUGUACCAUUUAUACGAGCAUGUCAUAUCUAAUAAGACGCGUCUUAGCUAAGCCGCGUCUUACUUUAGACGAAAUGUGCCGUUUAUACGGAAAGUUCGCCUCUUAUUUAAGACGCGUCUUAUUUUUCCUCGUAUAAAUGGCCCUAUUGUCUGCUACCAUUUAAUCCGCAGUAUCUGUCUCAGGCACUAGCACUGGAAGCUAUUUAGCUUCCGUUCAUCGUUCUUGGUGAUCUUCCAAGUUUCCCCAGCCAUAGAGUAGGACCGGAAUCCCGACAUCAAGCACCCCUGUUUUCCUCCAGACUUGAUCAUAAACCAGUCAGAUGUCACAUUCCCGUCCACAAGUGCGCACCCAGAGCCCGCGUAUAUGCCCGCUAUCACUCUCAUCAUCUUGUCUGCUAUCCCAUAACUUCUCAUGAUAUUAAAUAGGCUUUCUCUGUGCACAGAGUCAAAGGCUUUUUCAGAGUGUACAAAGUGUGCAUACAGACCCGCCCUUCACUCAUUUGCCUGCUCUAAGAUGUUUCUAAGUAUAAAUAUAUGUUCAGUUGUACUUCUCUUGGGUCGAAAACCAGCCUGCUCCUUUCGACGUUUCUUAUCUACGCCUUCUUGAUCCGCUCCAACAGCGUCCUAAAGAAUAUCUUGCUAAUGACAGGUAGUAAAGUCACUCACUCGCGCAAAUCUCCUUUCUUGAAUGCCUUAACAACAAGCUCCCUUCUUCCACACUUUUGGCCACUUCUCAGUUUCCCAAAGCCUGUUGUAACAACUAGUCAGCCUACUUGCAGUGUCUUCCAUGUCAGCUCUCAACAAUUACGGACACUCCUCAUCUACUCUAGCCGCUUUCCCUGGCUUUGUCCUCUUCAACGCAUCCUUGACCUCUUGUUAUCGCCAUCUUCCUAGAUCCAUUUCCUAAAUCUCUUCCAAUGCUACUAUAUCUCAUCCUCUUCCACAGGAUUCGUUGGGUCAUCUCUGUUAAAUAUUUCACUUAAGUGCUCCAACCAUCUCUGAAGUCUUUCUCUUGUUUCAGUCCUAUUAAAGCACAGCUUGUUUGUCCUUAACACCUAUUUCUUAGUUCGGCCUUUCUCCAGUUAUCGACUUAGUAAUGCUGUAUAGCUCCUUGCUCCUAUCAUUCUGAGUGGCCUUUUCCGCUCUGCAGCCCUCUUCUCUAUAACCAAUUUCUCUUAUCCUCCCUUGCACUCCGUCUCACUUCGUUGUUCUUCGCAUUAUACUUCUCGCUCCAUCUUUGUUUCAGUCGUUCCGAUCUUGCACCCUCCAGUUUCAAUUUUGCCUCUUUCCUCUCCUUGAUCUUUUGUCAUGUUUUGCGUCCUAUCCAUGCCCUACAAAGUUUCUUUGACAUCCCCAAGACUUUCUUUGCUGCAUCUCUGUAUGUUGCCAAAAUCGUAUCGUGUUCUUCCUCCGGAUCAUUUAUGUCUCCUAAAGCUUCAAACCUAUUCCUCACCGCAAUGUUGUACCUCCUCCUCAUCUCUUCACUUUGCAGUUUACUUACGUCAAACCUUUCCCUUACGUUCUUCCUCCCCUCAGCUCUUGCCAACUUAAGACGUAUCCUCGUUUUCACAAGGUAAUGGUCACUGUAUACGUCUGCUCCUCUCAUUACUCUGGUGUCUAAUAUAGAUGUUCUCAUAGUUCCAUUCACUAGAACAUGGUCCAUCUGGUGGCCUCCAGGUGAGCCUAUGGAUGUCUUUAUGAGGGAAGAUUGUUCAAGAUAUGAUGAACGCAUUUGCACUACAGACGUCAUUGAUAUAACCUCCCUCCAUUGUCAUUCAUAACACCAACGCCAAACUUCCCCAUAACCUCCUCUCUCUUGGUGUUGUUGUUGCCUACCUUAGCAUUCAAAUCUUCCAUCACCACAAUCGUAUAUUUUUUCUGUUGCAGCUUGAAACAGUGUCCUGCAGCUGGUUGUAGAAUUCAUCCUUUUCCUCAUCCAUCGCCUCAUUUGUUGGUGCAUAUGCUUGUACCACCAACAUUUUUUUGUACUUUGAGUAGAAUUGUGCUGGAAUGAUCCUUUUGCUAAUUGGUGUCCAUUCCAUCGAAGCUCCUUUUGCCCAGCACUCAUCAUCAUGGCUACUCCUCCCUGUUGUACCUCAUCAUUUCCCACAUACACCACCUUGUCUCCACUCUGCAGUAUUACUUAUGCCGUCCCUUUCCACCUGGUCUCACUUAUCCCUAGCACUUCAAUCCCAUACUCUUUCAUCGCCUUAGCUACUUGCCUUGCCCGUGUUAUCUCCGCCAUGGUCCACAGGCACGUAACCAGGGGGAUGCACGGGGUGCGUUCGCACCCUCCCUACAGGCCCCAAAGGUCCGCAGUUUGAUACUCAAUAUCCAAGUUAAGGAGUGCAGUCGGUUAAACUGAAGUUUCAAACUUAACAGUGAUAUUUAAACAAAAUCCAAGAAUGGAAAAAGCAGUAGUGUAUUCACUGGGAAAAUAAAAUCAGCUGCACUCUAGUAGCCCGAGUCAUUCAGAACAUUUCAAUGAGCGCACAGAUGUCCGAACUUAUCUAAAUGAAUAAUGAAAUUAACGUGCGCACGCUUAAGGAGUGCGAUGAUGAUCUCCUUCGAAAUAUAUAUGCGCUCCUCAAGAUAUGCGCCACAAUCCCUGCAAUGAGCUGUGAAUGCUAAAGAAGUGCGAGUUCUUUAAGGCGGCUGCAUACAUAUAACAUGGCAUGCAUAGGCCAGAACGGCUUGGAAACUAAAAUUUGAUAGCAUUUUGUUUUGAAUAAGGGUAUGGGCAUGAUUUUCAGUUGAACAUGCUUAGCGAGCGUAAAAAUCGCAUCCAGUCUGAGGAUUAAUGAGAGAGGGAAAAUUUUAUAUAUUUAGGCAUGACAAAAUUCAAGGGAACAUUGGUACUUAGAAACAACAUCUCAUAGGCAUGGAAAAAAUGGGUUCAUGCCCUCGCAGCCCAAAAUUGACCCAGCUAAACUUAGUUCCCAGAUCUCUCGCCGGGUUGAUAAUUCAUUCCCAGUUUUUGCUCCUCUGGUUUGGCAUGCCGGGCGAUGCCGGGCAUGCAGAUCGUGAAGCCAGUUGGUUUGGCAUGCCCGGCAUGCCAGGCAAGAAAUUGGCAUGCCCAGCGAGACUGAUUUUGAUGUUCGCUACAGCAUCAUAUCCUGAGAAUCACAUAUAAUCGCCAAAUAUAUCUUAGGGAGCUUGAAAUGACAGGUUUCAUGCCUGGCAAUAAAUGCAGAUUAUAACAAAAAAAGUCAUGUUUGUCACAAUGUGUGUCACGGGAUCGACUGGCAAAACCGAAGACAGAAGCCUGGAUUUAUAAAUAAAAAGCACAACAAAACAACAUUAUUCAUGCAUAAAAUAGAAUACUUAACUUGCAAUCAAAGAUUAAUCCUUUUAUUUCAAACCGAUACUGACAUUUCUGGGUCCAUAUUUAAAUUUGAUCCCGGAAAAGCGUCUUAAACAAUAAGAUAACAAAUCUUCUCAGUAUAAACUUAUUCAUGCUUAAGUUAAUAAGUUUUAUCGCGUCGGAAUGUUUCCUGGUCAACAGCAUAAAAGACUGGUGAAAAUUAAGCUUACCAGGUCGUUCAAGUCAGUACGAGAGUACGACGUUAAUACUGCAAAGACGUUCUGAUCUGGUGAAUUUGGACUGCCUUCUCAGAGAGAUUUUGCUUAGUUUUUCAGUGCGCUUCUUGUCGGCUAUGCGAAUCUCGCAAACUGUUUUAGUCCUUGCUGACGAUAGUCCUUUGAGCAACGUCAUCUGCGUCAUCCGAAGAUACCCCGAGCACGCACGAAAUCAGCCGAAUUUCCGCAGAAGUGUUUUCGGAUGACGAUGAAUCUAGUUUGUUGUAGCGUGGCAGUUGUGGCGUCACGAUGUCGUCAUGUCUCUUCGCAUUUGUUUGUCUUUUUUUUCUGCGGUGCAUGGUUGAGAUGGUGGUGAAAGCUGGACAAGAAAUGGAUUCUGCGAGAGACUGUAAGUACAAAUUUAGUAUUAAUUUGGUAAAGAAAAAGCCUGAAUAUCGAACAAAUCCCGUGAAUUAGUCUUUUGGCAUUCAGUUUAUCAUACUGUUGAGCAUGCCUAAGAACUCCGGCAUAAGUGUCAUAAGUGGUUGUCAACUCGUUCACUUCGGAUUGUUUCUGAUUGUAUGUCUUGUAAUCUUCUUCUGCUGCUAAGAAGACUAGAGAAAACCUCAAAAAUAAAGAAACCAAAGCUAAAAAAAGUCAGAUCUAAUUUUAUAGCUCGAGUAUAAUUAUUUUUGGCACCUACGGUCAUAUUUUUUCACUGUACUGGUAAAGUUACUUAUUUUUGCUGCAUAGUUUGACUGUUGUUCGAAAGACAAUCAAACGGAUACUACAAUCACUUUUGGAGACAAAAUAAAAUAUCCGUAAAUCAAAUGCCAAAAUCAGAUUUGGAUUUCGCUUUAUAAAAAUGAACAUGCUGCAGGUGUCAAUGCAAAGUUGUAAACAACUCAGUAUAAGCAGUCUGUGAAUGUGCGUUUAGGUCCACAAAACUAAUUUUUCUUUUGGACAUCUCAUCCAAGCAAAGACUUAAGGCUUACAUUGCUUGUCUACGAGUUUACUACAAAAUGCUUUGCUACAGUAAGCCUCUGAGAGGCGAUUCUGGUAAAUUUAUAGGACGCUAAAAUGCAAAUAAUUCUAAGCUUAAACAACCUGGCUGGGUCCGACAAAAUGUUCACGUUUGCUGGCUCUACUUUAAAUGAACAUGGUUUUUGAAAUGAUUUUGUACUAUUUUAACCCGAAAAUUAUGACUGGGUUAUAAAGCGUUUAAAACGGACGAAAACUAAGCUAAUAAACAUGUUCAAUGUAAAAAACUAAGAUUUAGUCGCUUUUUCAACUUUGCUUUGUGGACCGAAAAAUUUACCUUUACGCAAAAACAAAAGCAAACAAUGAGGCUUUUAUUCGACAUAUUUUCUCAGAAUUUUAUCUGAUCAAUUUAAUGUCACUAGCAUUGUUUUCGUAUAGGAAUUUUCCUAAUUAUAUGAGCUUUUACUUUAAUAAUUUUGAUACUCUAUAAACUUCUCAUUUGAUAGCUUCACUUUUUUAUACACCGAUUGAGAAACAAAUUCGCUCUCGUUAAAUCCUAUUUUAUGACCUAUUUAUUAGAACUCUAGGUAACAUACCAAAUGGUGUAAACGGACAGGCUUUAACCUUUGGUCCUAAUUUAUUUUUUCUUCCCAUCCCCUAAUCAGUUGACGGGCCGUGGGAGAAUAUCGCCACAAAAAGAUGCGAAAAAGUUUUCGCUGAGUUUCCUUUACAUAUUUCGGCUUUAUAUGGGUCUACACCUUACCUGCUUAAAAAUGAAACUGUUGUUCAAUUAAGCCAGUCAAACUCGGUAUAAUCUUGACUUGCAAAUCCAAAUGCAAAGGUUUAUUUCGCAGUAGAAGAGCGUGUAAACAUCAUCGAACAACGCAAUGUAAAUUGGCUAAUGUGAAACCACGUUUCUUUCACUUUAUUUACCAUGCAUUUAUCUCAAUUGCACACUGUUGUGAAAUUAGCCUCAGACAAUUAGCAGUUGCGACCUUUAACAGACUCAACAAGCCAGUAUGAAAAUAUGUUAAGAGAAGCUGAGCUCUACAUGUUCUUUUUCUUUUUUCUCAUAUUGCCCUUGCAUGUGUUAACAUUCCAUUUCUUUUUUGUUACAGGUAACUUCCAGACAUGACGAGGAGAUAAUUACUUUUCUAGAGAGCAAUUCUUUGAUACUGUCAGUUAUUACUGACUUACAUUGAGUUAAAAACGGAGAAAACAGACGCUGGUAAUGACACAAAAACAUUAAUCCCUGGCAAGCCUACAAAACAAGAAAGAGGAACUCAGACUCCUUAUCAAAAUGUGAAACAAGAUAAAAACAGCUUUUCUAACGUAGGGAAAUUUGCUUUAGAGAGAUAUGUAAUUGCAACGUUAUAUUCAAGCACAUUGCAUUGUCAAACAUCAUAAUUUACUGAAAAAUGAACAAUGAUUUUGGGGCUUAGCUCAGUUUGUAAUGAACUUUGAAAAAUAUUCUAUAACCUUGUAUUUUUAAAAGCUUUCAUGGAACAUAGAUGCAUUUUAUUAUACAAUGAAAAUAGUGUCUGUCUCUCUUUUUACUGAUUUCAGUCAAUUCCAUUUUAUUCGCAAUGUGAAAUGGGAAUCCUAUUAAAGACUCAUUAAAAGGGGUGAGGAGUUUUUACAAUCCCCCAACAGGUCAUCUCCACGAUGACGCUGUUUUAUUACUACGGCAGAAUCCCUCAGGGUUUUACUUUCUUGUGAAAAUUAGAGCUUUUGUUAUUGAAACCUCGCUGGGACAACCAAAUGGAAGAGCAAUGACGUCAUCGUGUAACCGUACAUCAAAAGAUAAGCACGGUGAUCUGUUUAGUUUUUUUUUUUUUUAGCCAGGCUUAAAAUAUCUGUAGAUUCAAGGAAUUAUAACCUGUGCGUUGAGAGCAUGCCAGGGACCUAUUUUGGCAUGCCCGGCAUGACCCAGAUUAUGGCACGCCCGGCAUGCUAGAGAAUUUGUCAUGCCGGGCAUGUCAGAGAAUGUGGAAUGCCCGGCAUGCCGGAGAUUUUGUUGGGUAUGAAUUACUUAUUACUAGAACCUAGGCUUCUCGUGGCCUGGGUGAUAAGGUCACGGAACCUCAAAUUGUACUUACAGGGCAUGGGAAAUUCUGUUGCAUGCCAAUUUCAAUGCAAAACCACUCUGGGGCCACCCCCUCUAUUACCAGUGAGCAAAUCAUUGACGAUAGGCAUGGAAAAAAUCCUUGCAUGCUAACCAACAUUGAAAACGUAGCAGAAAUGUCCUCAGUUGCUGAGUCAUGCCCUAGGGGAGGCUUUAAAAUACAGAAUUUCCUUACAUGGAUGAGAGAAUUUUCCGUAAACAGCAUGUGAUCAUGCCGGCUAGGACGCAUUUCCUCCGUAUUGCCCCUUUUUACAGCUAGCUAGGUUCAUUUUUAGGUUCCAUGGCCUGAAAUGACGAAAAAUUCAUGCCCUGAAUGUAAAAAGUCCAAAAACUUCCUCGAAAUUUUAGUUUCCAAGCCGUUCCAGGAAAGGCUGUCGUCCUUCGCACUAAUGCACAUACAUUAUCAAGCUAAAAUUGUUUUGGAUGAGGUGGUAAAUCUGUUUGCCACCAAACACCCACGGAGGCUGGAGCUCGGGACUAUUCUGAGGGAUUAGUUCCGCAGUAUUUUGAUGUAUCAUUUUACAUCGUAAAAUUACUCCUCUAUAACUUAAUUCAAACAGUUGUAUUCGACAAUUGUAAUAUUCAGUUCCUACCAUGUACUUUGCCGUUACAAUUUCUCAUGUAUUGCUACUUCCCUAAAUAAACGGAUCAGACAAUAAAAAAUACAUUUCGGUAGUUUGGUCCACUUUGGCCUCGUUAGCACCCCCCCAAAUAAAAUCCUGGUUACGGGCCUGGUCCACACGUUCCAGCAACCGAUGAUCGUCUGUCGCUUGGGGGCUACUAUGGGGUCUAUGGGCCUUUGGGCUUCCUGCUGGCUUGGACCCGAAGAAUAAGGUUUAUCAGUUAAGUUCAACCAUUUCUGUUCGUUUUUCUGGCACAAGCAUAUUAGAUUAUUACGAAGAAACUGGAGAAACAAUUAGCGUCCUGCCGUCUGCUUUUUACAGCUGUUAUUAAAUUAACAUUGUUUUAGGCCAACUUGUCGGCUUCUAUGAUGUCACAUAAUGUUCCAUCACUGUCCUUAAUGAAUCAACCAACAACAAACUUGGAGAAAAUUUGGUUCAUUACCAGUUUUGGAAUUCGAAGAUCGAGUUUAAGGUAACUAUAACCAUAUAGUAUAUUGCAUUUAUUGCACUUUUAAGUAGAAUCAAAAUGCGAAACUGUUUUUAUUUACUUAAAAUUCAAGUUAUAAGAAUUAUCAUGGCAAUAGAAGCUCAGGGAAAUAAGUCAGACUAAAUAUUUUUUAAUAUUACUGUCGUAUCGAUAUACCUUACAAAUAAAGUUUCAUAUAAUGCACUUGGAGAAAUGAUACGAAACAGGCUGAUCAAAAAAAACCAGCCAAAAGUACAGUAGAACACGGUUAAUUGUUAAUUGCCUCGUACGUAUCGUCGUUUAUCCGUAUACUUAAAUGGCGUUUUUCCUUUUUUUUGAUUGACAGGGAUGAAAUAUAUUGCCAAAUAUGCCGCCAGCUUAUUAACAACCUUUCCCAAACAAGUUACUCAAGAGGGUGGAUCUUACUGGCUCUCUGUAUUGGUGUUUUUCCACCAUCAGACGAGGUUCGGUUAGAAUGUAAUAAUCAAUCAUUAGAGCACUCCUGUCACUUAAAAAAAGUAAUGCCAUACCACUGCUGAUCUUGGGCAGAUGAGAAAUACUGUUCUCGAUUCUCUUGGAGGCCCAUUGAUAAAAAAAAAUCACAACACCCUAAAUACCGUUUUCUAUGAGUUCUACUCAAGACCACUCAAGUUUCCCUCGUGUUUAUGGCUUUUGUUUUAUUUUUAUAAUAAUUUAUUUGACUGAGAUCGUUUGAUAUCAAAAUUAUGUUGGUUUUAAGAAAAGAAAGAAAGGUAAUUUCAAGGCUAAAAUUAUUAAUUAAAGGCCUGUUCUCGCUAAUACGAAUUUCUUUAAUUUUUAAUUUUUCCAGUAGUCCUUUGCUUCAUUUAUCCGCUUUUUCCACUUGUACAUUUUGCGUAACCUGCUUAAGCCUCGUGAAAACGGGCGCAACAUUGUUGGCAAGAGGUAAUGAGCUCAAGCGGACACAGCCGUCCCAACAUUGUUGGCCCAACAAUGUUGGGAGUUGUUGCGUCCGUUUGCACGUAGCUUUAUAAAUAAAGUUUAUUUCUGUCUCAAGUUUUCCCUCAGCUUAGCUCUCUACUUGCCUUUUCCACAUUUCAUGUUUAGUGUAAGAUCCUCAGUUAUUUAAUCUCUUCUCUAUAAUCGACUUCAAUCUGCAGUUGUUAAAUUACAUACGAAGCUUCUUGAAGCAGGGUCCUGGUGAUUUUGGGGAAUAUUGCUACAAAAUUCUUCGACGAACUCUCCAAAUCGAUUGCCGAAGGCAACCGCCUUCAGCAGUGGAACUUGAGGUAUGUCUCUCUAUAUUCAUGAUCAAUUACAAUUUUACGAAAGAAAAAUAAAAGGCACUGGGACUGGAUUCAUAAAUAACCUAUAAGUGUAAGUCAUAUCCUAAGGAUUCAAAGAUCUUUUGUUUGUUUAUUUGUCUUUUUGUUGGGAAAAGUGCUGCGUAAAAUCAUGGGAUGAUUCCUCGAGCAAAGUCAGUGUCAAAUAAGGGCAGUUGGAAGACUAAAACCCUUAAAGAGGAAGCCAGUUAUUUAUCUAUUUUUUUGAGUGGCAUGAAAGAAAUUUAUUUUUUCGUGUUUUGAGUUUGAAAAUGCUAUAAUGUUAUUAUGUUGUCCCUAUGUUUCGCCGGCCCUAUGAAAGGUAAUCUAAGACCGUCCGCUCCACGCUGUGAAUUCCAGAUUCCAGGUACUAGAAUCCAGGAUUCGUUGUCAGUGGAACUUGGAUGCCGGAUUCCAAUCGUUAGCGGGAUUCUGAAUUCCGGAUUCGGGUACACAACAAACACAUUUUCCAAAUUCUACAUUCCAAAAGCAAAAAUUUCCCGGAUCUGUCCGGGAUCCGGAUUACUUUACUUUAUAUGUUGUUAAUUAGAUGUACUCAGUUCCAAAGCAGUAACGUAAAUUAAUAUCGUAUUCCGUAGUCCGAUGAAAAAAAGAUCGUUCGUUGGCGCGCCGGGAGCUCCGCUAGAAAUAUUCUGCGCUGUUAUCAUGAGAUACGUAUUUCUGUUUAAUAGUCAGUCAAUUGCUUAUCCUUUUUGAUUGUCAGGCGGUCAAAACUCAAUCCCAGCCCAUCAUACCAGUCACAUUUAUGGAUGGCUCAAUUAAGAAAUUGGAAGUAGAUCCUGCCACAACUUGUAAAGAACUUUGUAAGCUAAUUAAAAAAGAAAUUGGAAUGAAGAGUAUUUUUGGAUUUUCUAUCUACAUUGCAGCCUUGGAGCAAGUAAGUUUUUGCUAAUUUAAAAGUCGCAACAGGGUUGGCUUAAGCGGUAAAGCGAUGCACUGUAAACAAAUGUAAAUAGAGAAAAUCCAUGUUUACCAAAAGAAAUCCCUCAUUCACAACGACAGAGACUGGUGUGAUUGGAAAACACUGUAAAGCGCAUAGAGUGUUUCUACAAAGAAUAAGGGGUUGAGGGGACCUUUCUUUUUCCUACCAUGUGAAACAAUCUUGUGGCGAUGUGAUUCAGUAUGCAAGUGAUAGGGUGAGCGAGUAGAACAAAGUCGAAAACUACGUCAUACGGGUCAUGCUGAAUCAAAAAAGCUAACUACAAGACAUGCCCACAAAAAAUGUAGCGAUCGAGCAAGAUCGCUCACCAGACUGAUAUCCCUGCUUAACUGAAUGACUUAGGGUUUGUAAGGUAAUUUACAAUAGGGGAAACAACACCGCUAUAUGUUUUAAUGGUGAAAAAAGAUCAACUGGGUUAAAAGUCUUAAAAGUUAAAAGUUUCUCUCGUACUGCUACCGGUGUCUAUUUCAGAACUGACGUUGAAAUAUGGUCCCAAUACGUCUCCAGCAAAGGACAUUAAAUUGUACUUAAACUAGAACCACUACGUGGAACUUACCGGGGCCCAGUGGGAUACGGGAUUGCAUAGAUAUAGUUUACCUCUCGCACCCCUCCCCCCUCCUCUGUGGAGGCUAAUACUUAGUCUGAAUUAACUCAUGCAGAAGAAAAGCAACAAAAUGCAUGAGAAAGGAGGAUGUUGUUGUAAGUUUGUUCAGUGUUAUUACAGCUAGCGGUCUGUGUUAUAGUAGUGUUUUUAGUAACAUUGUGAUGUCAAUAAGUGUGAUCUGUAUAAGGUUUUCAUUUGUUUUUAAGUUUGAGUGAAAAAGCAAAAAUCACUGACAGUUUUGGGUUGAAUGGUAAUGACAAAGUUUGCAAAGAAGUUUGUUACAGAAUUAUCACAAUUUCACAUUUUCUCAAGUACGUUAUCAUCAGGUUUAUCAUUGAGAUUUAUUAAUCACAUUUAUCUAUUUUUUGCGAAAACACUGUGAAUUUGAAAUGAUAAAAGACAUAAGACAUUUUUGAAAUAGAUCUUUGUGGUCAUGGAUUGUUGUCUUGCACUGUAAAAAAUGUCAUCCAGUGUUAUAUACAGACAUAAUAAAAUGCUUAUUUAUUGAUGACUGAGUAUCAUUUGUUUAUUCAUUGCACAUUGAAAUGGAGGCACUUGAUUGUAAGGCAGUGGUUGAUACAUAAUGGGAUUCAUCAAUAUGGCCUAUAGUAAUUAUUGUAGAGGAAGUAUUUCUUUCCUGAACUGGGUAAACAGUAGUAUAUCUGCAACUGCUUGAAUGAUAAGUGCAUCAGCCCAUGUACCUUGAAUACACAUAUUAUUCAGAUAUCUUAUCCAUGAAUUUUCGGUAUUGCUCUCAAUAAAUCUCUCAGGAUUGUCUCUCAUAAAUUGAACCCCAGCAGUACGUAUAUGCAUGUGAUGGUUGCUUUUGCCAUAUAAUUGAUGUGAUACAGAUCUAAAGAAACAAUCACCUGCACCGCCAACAUCUAUUGAUUGUAAACAAAGUGCACCUAAUCUUGACUGCAUCAAAUUCUCAGAGGAAAUAGGAGAGUUCAACUGCAUUGGUUGAGGUCACACGAGAGAAAGUUUACUAUAGUAAACUCAAGUUUACCAUAGUAAACGGCGCCGUAAGUGUGACCGGCAUUUUUCAGUUUACAAUGGUAAACUCUACCCUGGUUAAUUUCCAUGACUACCGCGGAAAGAACAAAGAUGACCCAUCACCGAUAACCAUCUGCUUACCAAAAAAAAUACCGUAUUUAUUCGAAUAAGCGCCCAACCUCGAAUUAGCGCCCACCUUGAAUAAGCGCCCAUCCCAAAGGCAGAAAAAGUUAAUAAGCGCCCACCCUCGAAUAAGCGCCCACCCCCUACUCCUCCCAAUCAAACUCAAAUAAGCGCUCACCCCAUCCCACCCACUUGAGUGAAUAAAUUCUAAUUAGAGACUUCCCCGUGUACGGAAUCUUCUUCAGAGUAUUUUACAGAAACCUUGCUUUGUUACUUCUUCGCGUUUUGUUAUUAGCAUUUAUUGUUUUGUUACAAAAUAAACAUACUUCACUUGCUGAAAACGGUGAAAAUUUAAUAAGCGCCCAGCCUCGAAUAAGCGCCCACCUCGAAUAAGCGCCCACUCUCAAGGUCCAAAAAUUUAAUAAGCGCCCAGGGCGGUUAAUCGAAUAAAUACGGUAGGUGGGUAUAUCUCUAGUCUAUCUAAACUUUGUUUGUUUUGUUGACAGUUUGUCAUGAUUUUUGAGGAAAGUAGUUUCAAAAAGGGUCACAUAACAGAAUAGCUUUAGAACAUCGGUGAUUGCUUUUUCCACAGUGCUUGAAGGUUUCUGUUUCUGUACAUUUCUUCAAACCAUUCCUGGGGUCGAGGUUAAACCCACGCUUGCCUUCGCAAUGCCGCUCUUUCUCUAAGAAUACGUCUUCGAUGAGUAAUCAAUAAACCUGUCACUAAAACAUCUUCACUAACUUCGUAUUCGAAACCAAGGUAGGUAAUAAGGGAGCGCAUUCUUCUUGCUCGUCUGAGCAGCAGAAUUAAAAGCAAAAUGCUCACAACAGAAAACAAUACUCUCUCACAUUGAAGCAUCUUUGUACACUUGUGAGGGUCACGCUCAGGAAGUUACAGUUCAGUAAUUUCAAUUUAGUCAGCUCUCAUAGCAGGUCAUCAUUUGUUUUACUUUUCACUCUCACGUUACCGAUCACGCGAGAAAAAACGCCUGGAAAGUUUCAAAUGCCUUUUUAAGUGGACCUGUCAGGUUUACUACGGUAAAGAAGACGUUGCGAGACUUACCAUAGUAAAGCCCUUUUUACCAUAGUAAAGUCUCUAGUGUGACCUCAACCAAUGUUGAGCUGUGAUUUUGCAUAGAAGGUCUAAUUAUUACUUCAUGAUGAUCAGUGUUGUAUUGAGUAGGUCCUGGAUUCUUCUCAACAUCUUUACUUAGUUUGAAAUUCACAUAAUUGGUCAUAUGACUCACACAAUUGCAAGAAAACAAUGAUAAAGAUCGACGUGCUUUACAUUAUUUUUGGUUUCAUUAUCCUGUGAUAAUGCCUGCUAAAGAAAGACAACAAAUAAGCUUUCUUGGGUAUAGCCAUUUUAUUUAAGUUAAUUAUCUUUGGAUCGCGUUUGUUAUUACAUUUAUAUCGUGCAUGAUAAAGUUUUCUCACCUUAUUAACAUAGCGAUGGAGCUUUGAAGUCUUCGGUAUGUCAAUCAUUGAAAUCUUUUUGAAGACAAAUUUUGAUAAGUGUUCGCUUUGAUUCUCGAUAAAUUUCACGAUGGAAGGUUCACUCAAUUUCUCGAUAAGUUUCACGAUGGAAGGUUCAGUCUCAGAAGUGAUCGCUCGUAAAUUUGUCUCUCCAAAUAUUCACUCUUAAAUUUUCGCUCAUAAACUAGCUGGGUUGGGGGAACGUGUCGUUCCCCAAAAAAGCUAUAAUCUUUCUCUUGACUGUCCUCCAUGCCUCUUCUUUUCAAAAUGGCGGAUAAGAUUUCAAUGAGCCAGCGAUAUAUCUCAAUCAGCGAUAUAUCCCUAACAAUGUAACGUUGAAAAAACGGACGGUCUGCAUUUUAAGACCGGUGCCAGCCUUCGGCUGGGCCCCGGUAAUAAUACAUCUGCAAAUACAUUGACACUAAAAGUUUUUUUUUCUUCAGGACUCUAGAUUAAAUUUUGAAUUUAUAAUUUUUUCAAAAAAAGAGGCAUGAAAGGCUAGUUUAUUGUUUGUACCACGUGUUCACUAUUUUUUUACCCGUCGUGAUUUUUUGACUUGUCGCUACUGGUCCUCAUCAGACAAAGGUGUCAAUUAUCGAGCGGGAAUAUUAGUGUGUGUCUGAUGUGUUUCCCUUGGAACUGGUCAGCUCAAAUGACCACCACAAACCGCAUAAUAUCAAGCCAAACUUCAAUAAUUAUUCGAUCUAAAGAAAUACAUUAAUUAUCUUUUAUUAUAUAGACACGAGUGUUUUACUGGAAAAUAUACCACUCGUAACAUUCAUAAAAACUACCCGACUAGUUUAUUUUCCAUAAUCUCACAGUGAGUUUAUCGAUGACGUAAUUUCGGUAAUUUCCCUCUAUUAUUGUAUGGAUGUCCUUUUGUCUAUAUAAUAAAAAGAACAUUACACGGCGGCUUGAAGAUAUGAAUUUUAUUUUCGAGUGGCAAAACAAUAUUUUACGAACGAGCGCAGCGAAUGAGUAAAAUAUUGUUUUUGCCACGAGAAAAUAAAAUUCAUAUCUUCGCGCCACCGUGUAAUAUCCUCUAUAUAAUUCGCAGUCAGAACAAACACAAAUCGAGUCUUAAUCUUGUAGCUAAAUUCCGAAAACUUCAAUGUAAACUUACUUCUGUUGGCGGGUCGUUAUAACAGUCUCACUUUACAGGUUAGCGGAUUCUUUAAACAUUCUUCAGGUAAGCGGAUUUAUAAACAGACUACAAACUUCGUUCUCACUUCGAUUACUGAAAAAACUGGUUUGAAAUACAGUAACCUAAUGCUUUUAAAUCAAUGUAUAGAAUCAAUGUCAAUCAACGUUCUUAAACAUAAGCCCUUUAAAACUUUAACUAAAUCAAUGCUCAUAGUCACGCAAUCAUUACGGUUUUUUGACGAAACGGUAUGGAUUGUUUGUUUCUGUGAAGAAAACGAUAAACAAGCCUAUCAUUCAUCUCACAUACUACGAUGAAAAAUAAGAGACAGUUUUAAAUGAAGUAGGCAUUUCGCUAAUUAAUGUCUUCAAAAUUUUCCUCAAAUGGAUAUCUUCUUUAAGGGAUGUUGCUGUGUUGCAGGUGGCUAACUGGGGCUGUGGUUCUGAAAGUGUACUCGAUGCCGCGUCUUUAGCCGAGCAGUACGCAAGGACAAAAGAUAGAGAUGAUCCCGACGUUUGGGGCUUUUAUCUGCGUAAAGAUCUGUUUGAGCCUGUGAUUAAACCAAACAACGAUAAGGUGGCCACAAAUUUGAUUUACCACCAGAUUAUCGGUGGGAUACUAACUGGAGAAUAUGUAUGCAGCCAGGUAAACUGGAUGAGACAAACAAAAAAUAAUUCACUGAAUAUCAUUAUUGUUGUUGUUAUCAUCAUCAUUAUUAUGAAAAAUCACAUGCUGGGUAUGACAUUAACUUUUUGAACCUCAUUUUUCACUUUUCUUUUUCUUUUCUUUCUUUUUUGGUAGGAAGAAGAUCUGUUUGACAUAAUAGCUAAACGAUACUACAUCGAAAAUGGUCCCGAGAUGGAAGAAGACGUCCUACGAAAAUUGAUUAAAGAAUCUGUGCCACAGUUUGUCCUUGAUAGCAAGAAAGGGGAUGAGCUUUUUAACAAAGUCAUAGAAUCAUUUUAUAAGGUAAGCUCUCAAAAAGACACUUGCAAUAUCUAUAUAAGAUAUAGAGGUGCGGCCAGUCGUUCUUUAAUUACGUUUUAAUUCAUUAGUAUAACACCUUGCAUCUCUAGGAACGUUAAACAAAACCCAACCUUUUUAAGUUGAAUUGGAUUUUUAAAAAAUAAUUAUUAGUAGUAUUAUUAAUGAUACUACUAAUAAAUUUGUCCAAGCAAAUGAUCACUGUCUUUUCAGUGAGUAAUCGACUUUUUAAACUGUUUCAGGCACGUGAUUGAAAUGUAAAAUUUUAUGUUUUUUCUUCUUAUCCAUUUAAAGAGGGUCUCAAUGGGGUGGUGGCUUUUACGGUUAUCGGCUAAAAUUUUGGCUCUUCUACGGCUAUCGGUUAAUUUUUUUCAGUUACGGUUAACGAAAAAGUUAAAAAUUAACUUCUUUUGUUUCAAAUAGUUAAAUAUUAAUUAACCUCUAUUUUUUGUAUCUUUAAAUCACAAUAAAGGUCUUCGGAUCAUUUCGGGAUGAAAUAAGCUAUUCUUUUGAAAAAUUUUAACAUUUAAUAGAUCAUACUUUUUAUAAAGUAUUGCACUUCUGAUAUUAUUUUACACAUAGAAAUGUCAAUAGUCAAUUUAAAAAUAAUCUUUGUGAAAAAGCAAAAGCAGACACGCGAACGCCCAACUCAAGGCCGGGGCGCGACAUUCAUUAUAACAGAAAUGGCCGUUUUCACACUAGAGAAGGAUUGUUCGUGUGAGACUGGUUAUUCGUUUGAUGAUUCGCGUCAGAUAGAUGAUACGUCUUAAUUUGGCAAUGGAAUAGUUUUAAUUUUGAAUAAACAAUCCGCCUGACUUUUGAAGACAGGAUUAUCCGUUCCAGAUAGCCUGUGUACAGCCGCCCCCUCCCCUCAGAAAAAAAUCGGAGAAGGGGUGUCUGUGGGGAGGGCGCGACUGUACACAGGCUAGUCUCAGACGGAUGAUCCAUUUCUAGGUCUAGUGUGAAAACGGCCAAUAACAAAAUUCCCGUGUCCAGUGUCUCUAAUGAUAGCGACGGACUGUACGGAACGACUGUCUUGCCGUUGCCUUGUCCUAGGCCGCAUUAUUCCGCGCGGCUGAUGGCUUUCGGGUCAUGUGGUCCGAGCGAGUUCGCCACUGAAAUGCCUUGACCGAGAUUGCGUGGGAAGACGCCGAACAGGGACUAGGCAUGGCGAUGUCUACCGUAGCGUCCGAGAAAAACAAGGAAAUGUUGUUUAUCGGCAACAUGUUUUACAAACAGUGACAUCUCUGCGUGUUGUUUCACUACUGUUUUGAGGGCACGGCCUCCUGAAAAUUGCAAAUAUUCUGAAUAUUAAUCCCCAGCAAGAAGCCACACUUUCGCUAUGGAAAAAAUUAGUUCCCCAAGAAAGCGCCGGAAAUGGAGCCUAGGUCUUGGUUAACAUCUAAAAGGCGCUUCGCCUAACGUGCGUACGGAGUCACACUAGCCGAGAAAUAAAAACGCAACCAUAAGUGAGUUAGUACCUUCCUUAAAAGUAGCAAAUCUAGGGAACACUUUCUUUUACGGUGAACUCUUUUUUACGCUAUUUACGGCUAACGGUUAAAUUUUUUAAAUUUUUACGGCUAUCGGCUAAAUUUUUGGCCGUUUUACGCCUAUCGGUUAACCCCAUUGAGACCCUCUUUAAAGCUUUCUUUGACAUUGUACUCGUUUAUUUACCAAACAAGCAAAUAAAAAUAGUAAAUGAAUCACGAUAAAUAAAUCACAUAUUUUUCGCUUGUCGAAACAAAGGAAUAACUGAAACUGAAUUCACCUCUGUAGAUUGUACCAAGAGCCAACUGAACAAUUCGACAAAUAUAAACCUUGGAUACUUCAAAAAUUAAAGAAAGUUUUUUGCGGGUAAUCGUCUGAUUCAUCCUACCUCCUCAGCUUAGAGGCAGUUAACGGGUGUAUAUUUUGUUCGGAAUUCCAGGCAAUGGCUGAGAAGACUUAUUUUUUUGUCAAAAAGAUCGCUGCCUAUGUUGUAUUUGGUACGGUCAUGGAUGACCGCCGCGUUCCUCUCUAGGAAAAUUCUGUGAAUAAAUAAAUAAAUAAUAAUGAUAAUUUAAUAAUAAGAUGAGGAAAAGACACUCAAGUAUGGGUCCAUGAUGUGGGAGCUAAAGCAGAGAUACAAUGGUUACAGGGUUGAACAGUACAACGUAAUAAUUGACGUACUGGGUGGUUACUCUAAACACCUAGAGAAGUCGGUGAGGAAGCUACUUGGAGCGAGAGCAGGGAGCGUACUUGAGCGGAUGCAGAAGUCGGUCAUCUCAAACACUUUAAACAUAGCCAGAACAUUUAAGAUAAAUACUUAGUUAGGGCACUAAGGACUCCAGUUUUUAGGGUUUUUUUUCCUCUAGAAAUCUAGUAACAAAAGUUCGCUGAUGUUUUUACCUAGAUUUUUUUAGAGUAUUAGAGUUUGAUAUUAUUCUAAUUAUGCUUUUAGUAGAGAUAACCACAUUAUGAUGGCCUCGUUUAGGUAUAUAAGAGAUAAUGAGAGUAUAAAAACUGAAUAAUUUUCUAAAUAGGCUUCUAGUAGAGAUGAUUAUAUUAUCAUGUAUUUGCGUAGGUUUUACAGAGUAUAAGAAUUUAAUAAUAUUCUAAACUGGCUUUUUAAGUACAGAGAAUCAUAUCAUUAUGUAUAUUAGGAUCGUAUUAGGUUUCGUACCGACCUUUUUUUACUUCUAAGUAUAGCUUCUCAAGUGGUGUAGGUUACGUUAUGCGCCCUACACUACUCAUAAUGUGGACAGCAUUCCAAAGUCUUAUACUGCGACAUAAUAAUAAUACAACCAACCCGAGCGUAAGAGCCAGCGUCACUCUUAAGAAAAAGGCAAUGAAUGAAAUACCGAAAAUUCCUUUUUGUUUUGGUGAUAACGUUUCAAUAUAAUGCGUUCUCUAACGUAUAAUGAAAGUGUUCGAUAGCAGCCAUAAUUUUCUUUAAUUUUACAUGAACACUAGCGCCGACGUUAGAAAUCAAGGCAUUCAUCCGCAUUCGAAUGCUGUGACUUUUGGACUGGGUUAUAUCUUAAGUACAGUCGACUCCCGAUAACUCGAACCCCCGCUAACUCGAACCUGGCGCUAACUCGAACCAAAAUCGAUUUCCUCUGGAUUUCCGUCAUACAGUUACUGUAAUUUUACCCUCCGUAACUCGAACCCUCGAUAACUCGAACUCCCGCUAACCCGAACCAAUUUUAGUUUCCCCUUCUGUCAUUUUCUUUUUAAAAUAAUUUUACCCUCGAUAACUCGAACAAAGUUUUGAGCCCUUAAAAGGUCGGGAAAAAAGCCGUCUACUGGCGUCCGAAACAUUUUUGGAUUUCCUAUUGACGUGUUGUAGGAGUAUAGUUUACUAGUGGAGGCAGAUAUUGAUUGUCACAAGUUAACGUGAAGCAACUUUACUUCUCAAAACAGUAAAACGCAUGCUCUAUUUAGGCUAUGUUUUAUGGAGGGGACUACUGGACAAAAAUGGAAUUGAAUAAAUUUAUAUCAAACCGCGAGAUGCAUUAUAUCGUACCAUGUGGUGACAUACCCAGCAAAACAACAAACGUCUCGGUGGACAGAUAUACCAUACCCGAUACAUCGUGUUAUUGUAUCGGACAUGCCCCUACAUCGUACCGUAUGCUGCUAUAUCGUGCCUGGUGCUGCCAAAUUGUCAUCCAUGUGCGGCGAUAGAGUGCAAGUCAUCCCAUAAAAUUGUUCCCUAUGUUGCUAUAUCGCCUUCGGUGUGCUACAUUGUGAGCGGUGUGCCAAGAUAUGCUAAUAACCAUGCCACUACAUCGGGCAUGCACUACAUCGUCCCCUAUGCUGCUAUAUCGUAUGUAGGCAUUUGCCGAUUGUGCUAGUAAAAGUGGCAUAUUAUGCUAGUGGCAGUGCUCGUUUUUUGCCCAAAUUAUGCUCAAAUUAUGCUCGCUUUUCAAAAUUAUGCUACUUUUUUAAAAAAUUAUUCUGUGCACAAACUUCACAACUCACAAGACAAGUUUGAAAAUGUAUUUUAUUAACCCUGGCCAGACGUUCUGGGCCCGGUUGUUCAAAACCUGGGUAACUUUAUCCGGUGGUUGGGCCUAUACGGCGAAUAAAUCUGCUAUCCAGCGGAUAGUUAUCCAGCGAACAAAAGUAGGUUGCGCAAAGCCUGGAUAGUGUGGUGGAUAACUACGUCUAUCCCGGGCAAGUUGUGCAGGCUUUGGUCUAUCCUCUCUGUUCUCGCAACCUUGUAAACUAUCUGGAUGUAAGUUCACUGCACUUGACUGGUUUGGCGUGGCGGCCGCCAUUUUGAAACGAGCACUGGGAGAAAGACUAAGGAGUCUGGGACCGAGACACAGACUUCCGGUUCCGUUUCAUCGAACUCCCGCGGUAUCUCAACACAAGUAAAAAAAAAUCGAAAAAUAGGAGUGGAAGCAACUGUUAAUAGUAAUCUAUCGUUUUUAGUAGCUGAGAUCUUCGUUUUCUUGAAUUAUUCUAAAAUUGUGCUAUUAAGACAAGAAAAUAUACGGAUUAUGCUAGCAGUGCUACUUUUGGAAAAAGGGCAAAAAUUAUGCUCAAUUCCUCAGAUUAUGCCAAAAAUUAUGCUAGCACACUCGGCAAGAGCCUAAUCGUAUGCAGUGAAGAUUAAAGGUUUAACUGGUCAGCGGCUUAGUUUAAAAAGGCGCGAAACUGCACUCUGUCAACACUCUGUCUAGCCUGUGAACAGGCCUUUGGUAGAGCGGGGAACCGGGGAGAGGGAAAAGCGAAAAGAAAGAAAAGAAAGAACAACGUAAGGCGAUAUUCGUGGUGGGUCACCCAUCCAGUUCGUAACCCCGACCGACAGGGCUUAACUUGAGCGCGUGAGCUUAAGUUAAAUUUUUCUGGGCGAAACAGCUUUUUGAGGGGAAUUUUCUGUCUAGAAUAUCCGAGUAGACGCAACAAGAAUAGACUACGAGUAGUCCGCCAUUUUUCCUACAACUACAGAUUUUCAUUUCGCAAACUACAGAAUCUUUAGUUCGCGAAAUGAAAAUCUGUAGUUUGCGAAAUGACAGUCUGUAGUUUACGAAAUGACAAUUUACUUUCUCUUUGCGUCUACUCGGAUAUUCUAGACAGAAAAUUCCCCCAAAAAAGCUAUUUCGCCCAGAAAAAUUUAACUUAUGCUCAGGCGCUCAAGUUAAGCCCGGUCGGGGUUACGAACUGGAUGGGUGACCCACCGCGAAGAUCGUCUUAAAGGUCCAUACGUUGUUCUUUCUUUUCUUCUUCUUCUUUUUGCGUAUUAUGUGGUGUUAUUGUUAACAGUGUAUUAAAAAGCAGAUUUAGCAUUAUUUCUACGUCCGGAUUUAGAAAAAGAAAAAAGCAAAGAACAAAUAUGGCCCGGUGCAGUUCACCCGAAAAUUAUUAUUUUUCGGGCCGUAAUACAGAGCUGGAACUUUGCAGACUUUGAUCUAUAUAGCAGCGGGGAAACCGGCAAACUAACAAAUCUGGGUUUCGACAGUGUAAAACGAUCAUAAUGCCCCUGAUUCCAAUCUCCUAUUCCUCUGUCUCUUGUUGUCGGCGUUGCCUUCGCUGUGCUAAGCGAUGUUCCUUCUGCUCCGCGGUUUCUUGUUGACGUCUUCUCCUUCAAUUCGUUGUUCACGCUGAAUUUGAAGUCGGCAUUCUCCAGAGGAUUUUCAUUUCGCAAACUACAGAUUCUCAUUUCGCAAACUACAGAUUUUCAUUUCGUUUCGUUUCGUUUCGCUCCAUUUCGUUUCGCAAACUACAGUAAGCCGUGUGAUACGACAGAGUGCAGUUUCGCGCCUUUUUAAACUAAGCCGCUGACCAGUUCAACCUUUAAGGCUUCACUGCAUACGAUAUAGCAGCAUAGGGGACGAUGUAGUGCAUGCCCGAUGUAGUGGCAUGGUUAUUAGCAUAUCUUGGCACACCGCUCACAAUGUAGCACACCGAAGGCGAUGUAGCAGCAUUAUAGGGAACAAUUUUAUGGGAUGACUUGCACUCCAUGAUCGCCGCACAUUGAUGACAAUUUGGCAGCACCAGGCACGAUAUAGCAGCAUACGGUACGAUGUAGGGGCAUGUCCGAUACAAUAACACGAUGUAUCGGGUAUGGUAUAUCUGUCCACCGAGAUGUUUGUUGUUUUGUUGGGUAUGUCACCACAUGGUACGAUAUAAUGCAUCUCGCGGUUUGAUAUAAAUUUAUUCAAUUCCAUUUUUGUCCAGAGUUCCCCUCCAUAAUGUUUUGUUACGUUACGUUCUGAUUUAUAAUCUAGAAGUAUCUUUUAAUUUGCACUUGACAUUUCUACAAUUAAAUGUGAUUAAAAUGUUCACUGUACAGUAAAAACUGUUUUUUAUCUUACUCUCUCGGUACUCUCGGCUAUUUUCUUUGAACUCCCGAUAACUCGAACUUUUUUCGAUUUCCCUAGAAGGUUCGAGUUAUCAGGAGUCGACUGUAACAUUUGUCUUGUGCCCUUUUAAGUGCAGAAUAGACAUGUAGACAACUUAGGAACCUGUGCUUAAUUACUUUUGUGGCUCAGUUUCUAAAGCUCGUGCAACACUGUGAUCCCCAGUAACACGGAACAUUAAUCUUCUCAAAUAUAUAUUCUUCCUUUUCUAUAGAGUCCACGCGUGAACGAAAGAGCUGAUGGAGAAUUCGUCAAACACGACAUUGUGAUGUACGCAGCAGCCAACUGGUUUAAUGAAUUCUCAAGAAUGUUUGAUGGUUUUGUGUCAUCGGGGCCAAAGCUUCCUAAAAUCGCUGUUAAUCUUGCUAUCAAUUCAAGUGGACUUCUUGUUCUACCGAAGGAGGAUAUUAAAGCUCCACCUGUUCUUGGCCUCGACUUUUCUCAGAUAAACAAAGUUGAGAGUGUGAGGUAUGUUUUAUUUGAGUGAUAAUUCUGAACUUUUUUUUAGUCUUCCUAUAUAUUCGCAACAAAGCAAACUAAGAGUGCAACAUUUAUGGUGUAAACGUUCACAUGAAUCUGAUGGUUAAAGCUAUUUUAGGUCCGGUAGGGUAAUUACAGCCCCUUUCCUGCUCGAUGGCUGGUGCAACAGUUACAUAUCGUUCUAUGCUUCUACUGAUUUCUCUUAGCAGCUAAUAGACACUCUAAUACUGUCGGGAAAUAAUCACUCAGAGAAAUUUAGGAACUGACCCCGCCAGGCUAGAUCAGUAGGAUAAGUUGUUCUACUUACUGCUUUUGCAAGUAAAAUUUUAAUGCUGCUUUUGUUGUUUUCAAGAGUUUUACUUAAAGUAAAUUCAUUUACCCUUUUGUAGGAAAGGAAUGUAUCUGGAUCCUGUUUUGGUUGUGACGACAAACCGUUCCGUGUAUUCUUUCAGAAGUCAACAAGCGGACACCAUAACUGAUCUUCUUAACCAUUUGAGGACUCUCGAUAGCAAUGGAACCGUUGAUAGUGACGCUCCAUAA